AUGGCACUCUUAACACCCCAGGGGGUGAAAAAAGUCUUCCAAUUUCAGAAACCAGAAGGUCGGGAGCACCUGCGGAGGCUGCUGAAUUGGGAAAAGUUUGACGAAGUGAGAGAUUCCCGCAGAAGCAUCCUGCUGGAUAUCCUCUACGAAAGCGUCAUCUUUGCUGUGGGCAAAGGCUUCCCAUGGGUGGAGGUAGUCGAGGUGGUCAAGUUCACAGAAGAGAUGCUUAAGGAAACCACAGGCUGCCCCAUCACUGAGGCUGUGACAAUCCUAAGGAACAAGCUCAGAGAUCACCAGGGGCAGUUCAACACCACCCACCUGCUGGCCCUCUGCGACUACUUCCACAACACCUUCCUCCGCCACUACAAACUCUACCAGUACGUCCUGGGCCAGGACCAGGAAGUCAACCUGACCGUCACCCACCUGGAGGUGUGUGCGCCGCCCCAGCCCCUCCCGCUGGCUGAGGGCAAGGACUCGGCCCUGUGGAAGCAUGAGCAGCAGGUGGCCGAGCUCAGCGUGGCUGAGGUACAGAAGCGCACCAACCUGCUGCUCCUGAAGGAGGCGCUGCACCUGGAGCAGGAGCAUGAACUGCAGCGAAAGUUCACCAAGGACCCCGCGCAGCAGGGCCGGGUUCUAAAGAGAGAGGAGUUAGAAAAUCUCAUCAACGAGGCCAUUCACAUCCAGAUUGAAUGUCUGAAAGAGCUGCUGCAGUAUGAAAUACAGAUAACUUUCGACAUUUUGGACCUGAAACUUCAGAAGAAGACUUUAAAUCUCAACGCCCCUGUCCCUUUCCCACUCUCAGUCACUGGCCAGCCAGGCCAAGAUGAAUCUCUGAAGUUCAACAAAGCAAAAAAAGGAAAGAAAGCAAAAGACAAGAAGUAG